GGAAUAAUUUUGUUUUGGAAAGUUCAAAGUGGACUGUCGCGACAAUAUUUGUCUCUCUAUCCCUCCCUCAGUGGAAGCUACUUUAGUCAGUGAAAGGUUUCGUCUUUAAUCAAACUGAAAUAGUUGAUACAAAAUGUCGAUUUUUACGCCAACCAAUCAAGUAAAAUUAACAAAUGUAGCGGUGGUAAGGUUGAAGAAAUCUGGAAAACGUUUUGAGAUCGCCUGCUACAAGAACAAAGUUAUGUCAUGGCGAAAUAAAGUGUGAGUACCUGUACCUUGAAAAGAAUUUCACUCAGUGCUGACAUUGCAAUUUAGUGAUUGAGUUUUAAACAAUGAAAUAUGCUCAAAUUCAUGUUACUAGUACGUGAUUGAGGAACACCGACAUAUAAUGGCUUCUCGGAUUUUAAUAAUUUCUCGUGCAAAAUUUAAAGCAUAGUUCAAAACAACCCUGCUAGGAAAGGGUAGCCGAAACAAACUUAAUAUUCAUAACGCUCAGAACACUAUUAUUUCUGGAUGGAAAGUCAUGAUGGUGACAUUUCAGUGACUUAAUGUAAACCUUGAGGCUUGAGAAGGAGUCGUACAAACCCCUCAGACUCCUUAGAAUCUGGCUUCCUUUCUUUAAGCUCUGUACACCCCAUUUUCAAUACAAAUUGUGUAGUUCCACAUCUACUUUAGCAUAAUAAUUUAACCCCUCUUAUUGGAAGACUACCAAAAGGUAUUUUUCCCUUCUCUUUGCACAGGGAGAAGGACAUUGAUGAAGUUCUUCAAACACAUACAGUAUUUACAAAUGUUUCUAAGGGACAGGUAGCUAAAAAUGAUGAUUUGUCUCGAGCAUUUGGUACCACAGAUCAGACAGAAAUUUGUCUGCAGGUGAGCAAUAUUUAUCUCCAAUUUAAGUUCCUUACAAUUUUUCCUACUUGUCCUAAUUCAAUUCAAAAGGAUGUGGUAAAAUAUUGGUGUGCAUUGUGAACAGUCAUAUCAAAAGCAGACCUGACAUAAAUGUUAAAUAAAAUAUUACCAAUAAGUAAAUUUGGUGAUGUCAAACAAUUAUGCCAAAAUUCACAUUUUGCAUCUGUUAUAUAGAUUUUAGCAAAAGGAGAGCUACAGGUAUCUGAGAAGGAAAGAAACACACAACUGGAAUCAAUGUUCAGAGACAUUGCAACUAUUGUGGCUGACAAAUGUGUGAACCCAGAGACAAAAAGACCUUAUCCAGUGGGUCUGAUAGAAAGAGCUAUGAAAGAUAUUCAUUAUUCAGUUAUUCCAACCAGAACCACUAAACAACAGGUAUGGGAAAAUUUUUGAUUUGUUUAGGGACUUGUCAUAAAUUAGCAGGGGGGGAGGGGGGGUGGGAAUUUUAAAUUUGGGUUCGGAAAUUAGGUGACCCAUCCCUGCAAUGGGAGUGAAAUUUGCUAACCCUCCCCUUGAGCUUGGCCUAAAAUAUCAUGACCCUCCCCCUCUUGUAUAAAUGAUAAAAUCUAGUUCUUGCAAUACACUAUUAUACACUACACUUAUGAAGGAAUAAGUGGGCUCCUCAAAACACAAAGGCCAUACAUCCAAUAUGCCUUUGAAAAGGGAUUGUUCACCAAAGAAUCACAGGACAUUAUCAAGCAAUAUCUACGCUUCAACUUAAAUGAAAAUCAUGAUGACGAUGAAAGUGAUUGUAUCAAUGCUGAUGAGAUAAAUGAUGAUGAUCAAGAUUCUCACAGCAGCAUUGAUGGUGAUGCUGAAGACAGUGAUGAAUAGGAUAGCCAGAACUCUACUAACAUUAUUAAUAACAACAUUAUUCAUAAUUUCAAUAAGACUAUAUAGCAUUGUUAUAAAUGAAAAGUACAUGUUUGUUAAAUUCUUGCUAUAGUACUUCACAGUUUAUAUCCAUAACGUUCCGUAAACCGUUGUAUUUUUCUCUUUUUUUUGCCAAAUAAAGAACUUCCUUUUUCUUCUGUGGGUGAACCUCUACAUGAUCACGGGCAUAUAUUUGCAUGACCCUCCCCCUUUUAACUGCCCAUUUUUCAUGACCCCUCCCUUUUCUGAGGCUCAAAAAGUUGUGACUCCCCCUCUGUUUCCACCCCCCCUCCCCCCCUGCUAAUUUCUGACAAGUCCCUUAUAACAAAGACAAGAUUUCAUCGCAGUGGGGAAGGGUGAGGGGGUUAUCUUUGCAUCAUGGUUUACAAUGUUCUAUAAAUCUUUCCUAAUUUGUCAGAGGGUAGUAAAGGGGGAGAAUCCUCAUCCUGUUUUAUGCAUUAAUUUUGGAAAUUAAAAUUCAUGUGUCAUGGAUAUGAAAUGAAAAACUGUGAAUCUCUCUUUUUGUAUACCAGGUUUCAGGAUAAUCUUGAGGUUUUUAUGAAAUAGAAAAAAACUCAUAGGUCAGGUAUAUUUCAGGAGGCAAAUCACACCUCUUGCUGGUUAAUGAAUUCAUGAACCACUCUAACUUGUCUCUCUGUAAAAUUCUCACCCCACAUAUUAAUUAUGGCCUUCAUCACAGGCUCUUGAAGUCAUUAAACAACUCAAGGAGAGCAUGGAGAUCGAACGAGCCCAAAUGCGCCUCAGGUUGAUCAUACCAAGUCGUGAGGCCAAGAAGGUUCACGAGAAACUGAGACCACACAUAUCAACUGUUGAAUCUGAGGAUUGGCAAGGCGGGGACUUGGAAAUGGUGAGGAAGACUGAAGAGUGUGAUGAAUCAAAUGAAAAAUUACUGUUUACAAAUUAGUGGUGUCAACUGGUAAAGAAUAAACUCAUUUAUUAAAUAAACUGCAUUGUAUGACAAGAAUUUCCAGCCUUGACAAAAGCUGUAACUACACUAUAAAACUACAAUAGUUUUUUAUGGUAUACAUGUUUGAUUUUGCCAAUCAGCUGCUGACAUGUUACUUGCCUCUCUCAUCACUCUGUCAUAAUAAACAUGUUUUAAUUUUUGUUCUCUUUCCUAGGUUUGUCUCAUAGAUCCUGGUUGUUACAGGAUAAUUGAUGAAACUCUCAGGGCUGAAACUAGGGGACGAGGAACAUUGGAAAUGAUCAGUUUAAAGGAUAUAGAGGAAGGAGAUGAAAGACUGGAAUGA